AUGAAGCCCACCGUAUUUGCCAUUAUCGCUUGCGUCCUGCUCAUCGGACUCACCGAUCUUACCUUGGGAUGCGAUUGUGGAUGCAAACCUUGUGGUCCUGGCGGCACGGCUUGCAAGGGCUGUCCAGAGAGGGUUGCGCUUUGCGAGGACCUUAUCAACACUAUCCUGACCCUCCAGAAGAAGGUCCGCCAGUGCGUCUGCGGAGAACCAACAUGGAUGCUGUAA